UGAAUCCAUCUGAGGAUGUUGGAGGGAGUGAUAAAAAUGUUAAGGAUGUUGAGAAGCCGAAGGGCGAUGAGUCUCGAUUGAAGGGGGACGAUUUAUUUGAUGGGUUGAGCCAGCUUGAAAUAGAUGAUGAUCAAGUUGUGUUGGCUGGCUUGGAGGCUGUUGGUAAAAUCCAUGUAAGUUUACUUUUAAUUGUUUUCAAGAAAACUAGGUUUCUUUUUGGUUGCUCAUUAGUUUCUAGUAUGUUUUGCAACUGUUUUAAUGCAUUCUUUCUUUUUUAGGUCCCCGCACCCAAUCCAGAUGUUGUUGGUGAAAAGUCAGAUGCCCUUCAUACUGAUGAAGAAACUGAGGACACUGUCUCUGAUACACCUCUGUUGGAUAAGAGGAAGCAUGCUCCGGCAUUGAAAUCUCCAUUUGUUGAUUUCGGGUCUGCUGAUGUCGGGAGCACUCCAAUGGAGCUCAUGUCCUUUGGUUCUCAAUCAGCUGGGGAUGAUAGGGAUUUCAAAAUGGUGACUUAUGUGAAGGGCCUUUAUGCUCUUAAUGAUGCUUUUGCUGAUCCCGUAUCUACCGAGAUUGAGGCAAAAUUUGACGCUUGGAUUGGUGAAGGAUUGCUUAAACAUCCUAGGCAUUAUAAUUGUUAUGAAGACGGCGCAAAGAAAUUUACCCCGGGUUUUAGGCUAGGUGUUGAUUAUGUUGAGGAUAAAACUUGGUUUUAUCAUUUGGCCACAUGCGACAUGUUUAUGAACGACUCGGUAAAUUUUCCAAUUUAUAUUGUAGUUAUGAUAGUUUGUUUUCAGUUGCUUUAUAAAUGUUUUUUAGUUUUGAUACUGCAUUUCAGUUUUUUUACAGUUGUUCAACCUUUUUCAUUUGUGUUUCUGUGUUGUUUUUUUUCUCAGCAUAUGAACACCAUAUUCUAUUACCUUCGGAAAAAAGGUAAAUAUUCUUCCGCUGUGACGUUGAAUUUCGCAACUACUGAUUGUCUGUUUGAUGAUUCCAUCCAAGCAUUGUACCACAAAUAUAACAAGGCCAAGUCAAUGAAGACUAAGAUGUCACACAUUCACGCUGCCCACCCAAUAGCGCAUUACAUCCGAGGUAUGCGCAUUCCCUGUUCCAAGCCUUGGUAUGAAGCCGAUCAUGUGCUAUUCAUCAUCAAUUUAAGAAGGGAAAUUCAUUGGGUUUUUGGGCGUCUUGACUUGAACGAAGGGACGUUGUUUCUGUACAAUUCUUUGAGGACCGCGAAGAUGAAUGCCGCAGCUAGGAAUGCGAUGAAGGCUUAUUCCGUGUUGCUGCCUUUGUUUUUCGAUUUACUUGGGUUCUGGAAGAAUAGAGCACAAGCUCCUGCCUCAGUUUCUGACCCUACAGCUCCAUUCAGAAUCGUGGAGCUUAGUGGUCUUGCGUCUCAGCAGAAGAAGUGAGUGUUUCUUUUAAGUUUCUUUUAUGUUGUUUUUUAGUUUCUAAACUGUUUACUUUUUCUUUCUGUUUUUUAUAGUGAUUGCGGGGCAUAUGUUGCUGCCUUUGCUGAAAUCUUUAUUCACGGAAAGGAUGUCCCUGCAGACUUUGACAUCGAAGUUUAUCGUACCCGACUUGCUUCACUUUUCUUCUCGUACGGCCAAAGGAAAAUUGACGAAAGCAUUGACAGCGAGGAUGAGAAGCGAAGCAAGUCUUCUAAGGCAUCUAAAUUGAAGAAAUAGGAUCUUUUAAUUUGGUGCCUCUUUUAUGUUAUUUGUUGAAUCUAUUACCAGACAAUUUUUAGUGUUGUUGUUUCAAUGUAGGUAUUAUAUUUGAUUUUAUACUAUGUACCUGGUUUAAAACUUUUAGGAUAUUUGACAUUUACUCCUUAUAAUAUCUUUAUUGUAUAGGUUUGUAUGUCCCAAAGUUGUUUGUUUUUUUUAAUUGUUCAAGUUCUUAUAUACGGUCGCACAACUAUGGAGAAACUAUUAACCAACUGAAUACAAACUAUGUUUUUAUUUUUCCUAAAUUGUGCUAUGAAUGUAUUUUUAUUCUUCGUAUUCCAUUAAUCCUUUUCCCUUUAUUCAAGUUAUGUUUUAUCAAUUAUUGACUGACUGCCUUUAAAACUGUAAAGAAGAAGUCAUUCCGGUACUUAAUAUUUUACAAAGGGUCGCAACUGUAACAAAACAAUUUUGAAACUAUUAAAAAACUGUUUCAAAUUUCAUAAAAAUGAAAUCCCAUGUAUUUAGAACAUCACAGAUCAACCUGUAUGAAUUUGCACACAAAAUUAAACAAUUCAAAUAUUUCAUAUGUAUCUAUUUUAUUGCUUGAUUGUUGCAUGUCUUUCGAUUGUGUCCGUGUUGUCCA